CGAGGAAAAAGCAAGAUGGCGUUUGUUACUGUGGUCAUUACUGUUUUGGGUUCUUAAUCCACGCGUACACGUCCACAUGUAUGCACACACAACAGCGUAAGCGUCGUUCGUAUUUGUUUAGCUUGAGACACGGAAGUGAUCAACACGUCGCUAAGCGAAAAUGUGCGAAACAACGAUAACAGAGUAUGAGGAGGAACUUUCUGGAACAAAAGAGGAGAAGGAGCCACAACGUCAACUACUGAAAGCUGUUUUCAAGAAGCAUCAAGUUGUGUCACACAGACAAGACGUCAGUGAAGAACAUCUUUCCACUAAGAGGCAGGAGUGGAGCUCCAUAGUGGACCAGGAGGAGCCACAGCCCCCCUACAUUAAAGAGGAAGAAGAGGAACCAGAGCCACCCCACAGUAAACAGAAAGUAGAGGAGCCACAGCCCUCUUACAUUAAAGAAGAAGAGGAGAAUUACAGCAUCAAUCAGGAGGGAGAGCAUCUUGAAGGGUUGGAGGAGUUCCCAGUGAUUUGUGUUAUUGUGAAAAGUGAGGAUGAUGAAGACGGAGGUGAAAGUGAGAAGAGAGAGGUGGAGCCUCCAAGCAGCAGCUCAACUCAACACAUGACAACAGAAGCUGAUGGAGACCACUGUGGAGGAUCACAAGCAGACAACCUCUUAGCUCCACUAUCAGAUAGUGACGACACAACGUCACACUCUCCUGACACUGAUGAUGAAGACUCUAAAGCUGAUAUGACAUGUCACACUGACAACACACACUUGAAAUGCUCUCACUGUGACAAAACCUUUAAUUACCGUAGUAGUCUGAAAAGACACAUGCAAAGUCACACAGGAGAGAAACCAUUCAUAUGCUCAAUUUGUGAUAAAAGUUUUUCCCUGAAGGCAAAUUUGAAAUCACACACAAGAAUACACACUGGAGAGAAACCUUUUUGCUGUUCAGUGUGCAGCAUAGGUUUUGCACGCAAUCAGGAUUUGAAAAUGCACAUGAGAACACACACUGGGGAUAAACCUUUUACCUGUUCAGUGUGUGGUGUAGGAUUUAUACGAAAUCAAGAUUUGAAAAUACACGUGAGAACACACACUGGGGAAAAACCUUUUACCUGUUCUAUCUGUAGUAAAAAAUUCUCUCAGAAAGUAAGUUUGACAGCACACACAAGAAAACACACUGGAGAGACACCUUUUUCCUGUUCAGUGUGUGGUAUAUACUUUAGAGGAAAUCAAGAUUUGAAACGACACAUGAGAAGUCACACAGGAGAGAAACCAUUCAUGUGCUCAGUAUGUGAUAAAAGGUUCUCCUUAAAGGCAAAUUUUAAAUCACACGCAAGAAUACACACUGGAGAAAAACCCUUUUCCUGUUCAGUGUGUGGUAUAGGUUUCGCUCAAAGUCAAGAUGUGAAAAUACACAUGAGAACACACACUGGGGAGAAACCUUUUACCUGUUUAGUGUGCGGUAUAGGUUUUGCACGAAAUCAAGAUUUGAAAGUGCACUUGAGAACGCACACUGGUGAAAAACCAUAUUCCUGUUCAGUCUGCAACAAAAGUUUUGGUGUCCAAACGCACCUUGUAACACACAUGAGAACGCACACUGGAGAGAAACCUUACUCCUGUUCGGGCUGCAAAAAAAGCUUUUGUCAACGAGCAACACUUGUAGCACACAUGAGAAUACACACUGGUGAGAAAGUGUUUAGUUGCAGUGUGUGUGGUGAAAGAUUCUCUUAUAAGUACCAGCUUAACAAUCACAAGUGUGCUGGUGAGAACAGCAGCAGUAAAUGAAGCUGCAGGACUUGAAAUAAACUGUCAAGACUUUUGCAAAUUGAUGAUUGUUGAUCACUUGAGUGGCAGCUGGUUGUAGUUGUGUUCAUAACAGUCCCAUUUUGUGCUUUUCAUGCUUCCCUUUUCUUUUUGUGUGUUUUUACUUGUUGGUUUCAACCCCUACGGAAUUGCCCAAUGAGAUAUUUUACCACGAUGCCCUUUGAUAUUACUAGUAUUAGUUAUAGUUGUGGACAAACAUACAUAUGUACUUCUGCUAAUAUAAACAUUUGGUUUGGUUUGGUUUAGUUUAUUUGAACAUGAAGGUUACAAUGGAAUACAUCUCAUGAAUCAUUUUUUUUUUUCACAGUUCUACAUGACCAAAAGGAGUAGGAAGAAGCAAAGCUUAUUUAAUCCUACCCCCCUUCCAAUCUACAUCUUGUACAGUACAUGUUGUUCACUUCCUGCAUUCCAUGUCAUGUUUUCAGUGAUAGUCAGGAUAAUACAUAAUAGAUAACGGUAAGAUAGCCCUCCCCCCAAAAAAAGAAAAAGAAAAUUUUAUAUAUAUAUACAUUAAUAAUAAUAAUAAUGAUGACAAUACUAAAUAAAUAAAUAAAAAAGAACAAAGCUUUUUUCUUUUUUUUUAAACAAAACAAAGAAGAAUAAUUAAAAAAAUAAAAAAAUAAAAAAUUAAUAAAAUAAAAUAACAAACCUGACAGAACAAUCAGGACUCUUCUGCCUUGUAUUUAGCAAACAUCAACUGCUUGUAUUGUUUUUUGAAUUUGCUCAUCUCUGUACAUUGUUUGAGUUCUUUACUCAAUCCAUUCCAUAAUUUAAUUCCACACACGGAAAUGCUGUGGGUUUUCAGCGUAGUUCUCGCAUACAAAUGUUUAAGGUUUAAUUUUCCUCUAAGAUCAUAUUUCUCCUCUCUGAUUGAGAAAUACUUUAUUAGGUUUAUACUUUAUUUGUAUUACACAAGUUUGCUGGAGGAAGCAACUACUAUAUUAUGGUUAAUCGAGGGAAAGGCUUCUUGAGACGUCAUCUGUACUUCUGUGAAGAAGGUGUUGGACGUUUUGCUCCUCAUCCGAAGAGCUUUGUCAGCGAACUAACAAGUGCUGGUAGCCUAGGCCUUAAAUACAGUAAGAGUGGGCGGAAUUGGUGUGCCAACACCCUCCUCCUAUUGGUUCCUUACACUAAGACUGGGAGAGUUGUGGUCUAAUCCUCUCCUGCCAUUAGCACCUCCGAUCAAAGGGAAGUGUAGCUCCCUGUCCAAAUUAAACAGGGUCCAAAUUACACCUUAAACCACCAUUCCGAUUCAUUGAUGGGUUCUGUUGUUGAAUGAAUGAACACAGAACCCAUCAUUGAAUCGGAAUGGUGGUUUGAGGUUUAAUUUGGACCCUGUGUUCAGCAGGUUACUGAGACCAAAACCCACAGCUCUUAGUCAUGCAAAUGAGGUGGAGCCAGGGCCGAGCCAGAACAAUAGAUGCUAACGAGCCAGUAUCAGAGUCGUUUAUACCCAACUACAGGGAGCUACACUUCCCUUUGAUUGGAGGUGCUAAUGGCAGGAGAGGAUUAGACCACAACUGGAGGAGCGAAACGUCCGACACCUUCUUCACAGAAGUACAGAUGACGUCUCAAGAAACCUUUCCCUCGAUGGACAACUCCUGUACGACUGAGAGCCUACACAGACGUAUAUUAUGGUUAACUGUUCAAGGGGGCCUUCCAUUCCGCCUUCAAGACAAAUGUCAUUCCCAUUUGGAAGGACUCAGACAAAACUUAUUCCCAGAUAAAGUUUGUACGAGUAUGCCGCUGUUCCGCUCCCUGGCAGGGCACUUGUAUCAGACUGCUGCGUGUUUGUGUCAGCCGUCUCCUUCUGCAAAUAAAUGUGAC